AUGUCACGUGAUACGGGUUCCGGGGAGCCGCCGAAGCUGUGUCGUUCCACUCCUUCUCUUUCCUUCCGGGUGGUCGAUUAUCGGGUUACUUCGACGUUGGAUCUGACGGGUGUGUUUAAGAUGAACGCUGCUUCUGCUCUCCGCGCCAGAAUGGCCACCUCCUUCGUCGCCCGUCGUGGCUUUUCCACCACCCGGGCCCAGCUCGGAAGCCCAUACCACUACGCUGAGGGCCCUCGCUCCAACAUUCCCUUCAACCCUCUGACCAAAUACUUCUUCUGGAGAUACUGGGCUUUCAUGAUUACCGGCUUCGGUGCUCCCUUCGCCAUUGCUGUUUGGCAAACCUACAAGACCCGUUAA